AUGUCGCCACGGGAAGAUAUUGGAGGUGGGGGAAAAUGGGGUCUGGCGGGAUAUCUCGGAGAUGGUGAGCAUUUGAAAAUCGGCGAGCAAGGCUUCCUAGAACUGCUGCGCGACGGUUUUGGGGAGACACCGCUGUUCCACUGCCUGGUCGCCGAGGAGGUCAGACAUAAAGAAGGUAGCCUUAGAGGUGUCACAUUUAUCUUUCAAUUUGGGCCCAUAAUUUUGUAUUCUUUUAUUAAUCAUAGCACACGAAAAAGGAUGCGCGCGCAUACAGUGGAUGUCACCAAAGUGGAUGUCACCGAUAGGGGUGCGAUUAAGGAAAUGCUUCUUGGAGUAGCUAUCUACUUCUUUACCUACUCUACAUGGGAGGGACCUAUGUUGUACCUGGAGGAUCUGUUUGUCAUUCCGUUAGUGCGAGGUCGGUGUAGUACUGAGGGACGUGAGAGGGGAGACGUUCUAUUGUACAUGCGAGGGACCCAUGCCCUAUUUGAAAUAUUUUUUUUUCGUCUCCGUUCGUGCGGGGUGUGCUAA